AAAAGCUUUUUGCAAACAGGGCUACGGACUCACUUUAGUUUUAAGGAUCCAGAGAAGGGGGCGUGGCAUUGUUUACUGAUUUUGUGCAAGAGAUUUUAUAGUGGAACAAAUUUAACCAAAUAAUUUCGGAAAGAGUGAAUUAGGAAAGAAAAUUCACUAGCUAAUGAAAACAAGCGGAACUUUCACAUCCACGUCUUGUUUGCUUUGUUAUUGAUUGCUACAUUUUUUGACAUUUUUAUUCCUCAUUUUUUAUUAACAACAAAAACCGGUUUUUCGAGUUUUUUGUUUGAUUGUGAAGUAAGCAGGAAACUGGAAAACCUGAAUUUAUAAUGAGAUCAUAGUGUAAUUAUUUGUUAUAUACAUAAUACUUACAGCUGCAGAAAUAUUUUAUAUUUAUUGUUGUGAUUGAUGUUACAAAAUUGAUAAAAUUUAAGCUUUUACCGGUAAUUUUUGUAUCGCUACCGUAACCGUCAAUUGGCGGGAUUUUCGCCAAUCUGCUCUGCACUCAGCUGACAGCUGGCGCGAUUGUUGUUCAGCAAGUACAGCAAGUAUAAACUUGGAAUUUGAUUACCAGCUUUUUGUAAAAAAAAUAGAGCAGUAUCAAAAGGAAACCAUGGACACCGAGCAUGAUUUCGUUGAAGAAGAUGAUGAAGAUUUGGACAUGAUCAUUGAGCGUCAGGGUGAUGCUUUUGAAGAAGCUGAAGAUGACGACCGCCGUCAAGGGGGAAGUGAUGAUGAAGCUGUGGAAGCCCCCAGUGGGAAGAAAAAAGAUAAUGAUGAGAAGGAUGAAGACAAGAAGAAAAGGGUUCUGGCCCCACGGCCCAAGCUGGACCCACAGCGAUUGAUGGGACCGCGUGGCCUACUGGCUCUUGAAGCAGAGAUGAAAGAUGUCAAGCUGAAGGGUAGAGGCCAUGAGCUUCAAGAUCUUGAACUAGUCUUAGGAAAGAUGCAACACUGGGCGCAUAGAUUGUUCCCCAGCUACACAUUUGAUGACUGUUUGGACAAAAUGGAAAAAUUGGGCUCAAAGAAAAAUGUUAUGGUACAUUUAAAGAAAAUCCGCAUGGGUAUGAUUAGUUCUGAAGACAUCCACGACACAACCAUCAGAGGCGAUGAUUAUGUUGAGGAAAGAGAUGACGAGCCCAGUUUUACAGCACUCCUUGCUCAAACCAGAGCAGAUUCGCCCCCACCUCUACCACCUGCGCCUCAGCCAGUACCUUCCUCAACCAAUCAGGGCCUUACGGACGAGCAAAGGGAAAGAAUAAUUCGCAACAGAAUGAUGGCCGAGGCAAGAAGACUGGAGCGGCUGAAGCAGCAACAAGAAGAAGAGAGGAGAAUAGCAGAAGAGGAAAGUGCAGUUGGAGACCUGCUGUCGAUGUGAUUAGUGUUCAAAGCACUCUUGCACAAAAUAUCCUGUGACCUGUGCCACUUUAUACAUAGUUAAUAUUUUUGUAAAAUAUCACGUUCUAAUAAGCAUUAAUUGAAAUAAAAAUCUUGGUGUAACAGAUUA